UUCGAAGCAACCAUCCUCACGCGCCUUUCGUGAAAUUGAGUCUGUGACGCCAUUACUUCCUCCAUACCGCCCGUGGACACAAUAAACCAACCUUUUAUCGUAUAAAAAGAUGCCUGAGAUCGCAGAAGUUGCCCGUAUAGUCCAUUUCCUACGCCUUCAUGUGGUGGGGAAACGCAUCGUAUCCGCUUCUGCAAUAGAUGACAAGAAUGUGUUUGGCAAAGUCGGUACAAGUGGUGAAGAAGUAGAAACUGCUUUGGAGGGGAAGAAGAUCGUUUCUGCAGGAAGCCAGGGGAAAUACUUCUGGUGAGCCAACUCACGGCGUUAUUCCAGGAUCAACCCAACUUAACAACGAUAGGAUAACCCUUGACAAACCUCCGCAUCUAGUAAUGCAUUUUGGAAUGACAGGUUGGAUGCACAUCAAGGAUGAACAGACAGCAUAUACCAACUACUAUAAGAAGAUGAAGGAGGGCGAGCACGAACAAUGGCCGCCCAAGUUCUGGAAGUUCCAGUUCAAGACCGAGGGUUCUCUCGGUGUAGAAGUAGCCUUCACAGAUGCGCGUAGGUUUGGUCGCGUGCGACUUGUCGACUGUCCCGGAGACCAGAUAAGGAAGCAUUCGCCUCUGGUAGAGAACGGACCGGAUCCAGUUGUCGACCAUGAUCGUUUCACCGAAGAUUACUUGCGUUCCAAGAUGCGAGCCCGCCAUGUUCCUAUUAAGGCACUCUUGCUAGACCAAGCGAUGAUAAGUGGAAUUGGUAACUGGGUGGCCGACGAAACACUGUACCAAGCUAAGCUUCACCCUGAGCAAUACUGCGACCAGUUCAACGAUGCCCAAAUCGCCACCCUGUAUGAAAUGAUCCGCUAUGUCUGUCAAACAGCAGUCGAUAAAUUGGGAGACUCGGACGAGUUCCCCGAACACUGGCUCUUCAACUAUAGAUGGGGCAAGGGUGCAAAGGGCGCUGCGAUUAAGCUGCCGAACGGCGAAAAGCUGGCUUUCAUUACAGUUGGCGGACGGACAAGUUGUUAUGCGCCCGGUGUACAGAAGAAGACGGGGAAUACCGCUCCUGGUAUCAAAGAGGAACCUCUCGAAGAAAAGGCCGAAAGUAAAGCCCCCAAGAAGUCAAGGAAGAAGUCACCAGAGGCAGCCGAAGAGAACGUUCAGCCUCCAAAGAAGAGGCGCACAAAGGCUACCAAGAAGGAGACGAAUGGAGACGCCAUAAAGACAGAAGAUGCUGCCGAGGAAGCCCAGCCAGAUCUCGGACGAAGAAGAUCCACCCGCCUAAGGAAGUAGAUGCCUGGUCUUGGCUCUAAGAACGCAAAGGGAUGAGUCGCCAAAUGGUCGAGCUGGUCUGUCCUAGUUUUGUGUAGGAGUUUGGGUCAUUCAAAACUCUGAGGUGUUCUUGUAGUACGUACCUUGGAUGUUGCCCAUCAUGAGUUCUUUGCCCCGUGAGAAAAUUGUAGCCAGUCCUGGACCAAUCCCCAAAUAUUCUAAGAAAGCGGAGUUCUUACUACAUAAUAACCUUUUGGUGUAGAAUGUCUGUUUGCGUUGGGUUCUCCUUUCCCACACUUCGUUAGUUGUGUAGUCUGAUACAACCAAGUAUCAUUUCAUUCCAAGCAAUUAUCCAUUGC